GGGAAUAAAGAUCAACGAGAGCUGGAAGAGAGAGAAAGAGAGGGGGAGAGAGAAUAUAGGGAGCAGGAAGAAAGGCAGUUUGAUUGCUCCCGGAGAGAGGAAGCUCUGGAUUCCGCCUUUUCCCGUCCUCGGAGACGGUGGUUAUGCCGCUUGCUGUUAAGGGUGCACUGGCUUCAAAUCUAAAUUUUCUUGUUUUUAUUUUUGAGAUAUGGAGGGAGAUUGUUUCAGGCCAAUAUGCUACCAGUAUCGGUUGUUCUCAUUCCAAAAAGUGCUUGAUUGGCGGUUCUUCAUCCUUGGAGAUUUUCUUCUCGUUUCCUUUGUUAAUUGCACCUAGUGUUCUGCUCCUUUUUAAUGAUCAGCACAUGGUACGUAAUGUUAGCUUCUUCUGAGACUGGUGCUGCAUCUUUUAUGCACUUGUGCAAUGCAUUGCUGACUGAACAUCAACCAGAAACAUCGAGUAAGUUGUCUUCUGGGGGCUGAAGCACGUAUAGUUGUGACUGAAUAUCAGAUGCUAUCUGGAUCUUGAGCAUUGGACAAGUGAUUGCAUUGAAUCAGUGCAUAUUAUAGUUAUUAGUAAUUGUUUUGUUGCUUCUUACAUGGGUAAUGGUAGUGACAAAACAUCAGCUACCUGAAGGUUCUGAAACACUUUCUGUGUAAUUUAGAAGUAGCUAUCUUUAGAGUCUUGAAGUCUUGUGCAUCGGAAACUUUAGCUGGAGCCUAAUGAUGUGGUUUUUAUAACAAUCAUUGUUUGACCUUGCGAGCAUCAGUAUGCUCUCUCGUUCUUGUUCUUUACUACCACCUCCUUCUACCAUUACAAGGCCGUGGAUGUAUCAAUCAAUAAGGCUGUGCUGCUCAUCCAUCACAACGUUUCUGUUUUUGUGCCAUCUUAUGUCAUGACAGAAAAUUGAUGGUGGAUUUUGCUGGACCAGCGGACAUAUAUUAGCAUUCUAUUGUCCUUUUGUGAGUGUCAUCUGCAAGAGAGAUAAAAGCAACCUAUCUUUGUGUGUCUAUUUACCUUCGUUGAAUAAACAAAGAGCUACUUUGUGUUCCACAAGAACAAUGGAGAGGUACAAGUUAAUCAAGGAAGUCGGCGAUGGAACAUUUGGGAGUGUUUGGAGAGCUCUUAAUAAGCAAACUGGUGAAGUUGUUGCUAUCAAGAAAAUGAAGAAGAAGUAUUACUCUUGGGAGGAGUGUGUAAACCUGAGAGAAGUCAAAUCACUACGGAAAAUGAAUCAUCCAAAUAUUGUCAAGCUAAAGGAAGUUAUUCGAGAAAAUGAUGUUCUGUACUUUGUUUUUGAGUACAUGGAAUGCAAUCUGUACCAACUCAUGAAAGACAGGGAAAAGAUGUUUUCUGAAAGUGAAGUUAGAAAUUGGUGUUUUCAAGUUUUCCAGGGUCUUGCAUACAUGCACCAGCGUGGGUACUUCCAUCGGGACCUGAAGCCUGAAAAUUUGCUGGUCUCCAAGGAUAUCAUAAAGAUUGCUGAUUUUGGUCUUGCCCGUGAGAUCAGUUCCCAACCACCCUACACUGAAUAUGUCUCCACACGGUGGUAUCGUGCACCUGAAGUGCUGCUUCAGUCUUACUUGUAUAGCUCAAAAGUUGACAUGUGGGCAAUGGGUGCUAUAAUGGCUGAACUGUUCACACUCCGUCCUCUUUUUCCAGGUGUCAACGAAGCAGAUGAGAUUUACAAAAUUUGUGGUGUGAUAGGCAGUCCGACCAUUGAAUCCUGGGCUGAUGGACUUAAACUGGCAAGGGAUAUUAACUAUCAGUUCCCACAGCUUCCUGGCGUACAUCUUUCUAACCUGAUCCCAUCUGUUAGUGCCGAUGCAAUCAGCCUUAUUACAUCACUCUGUUCAUGGGAUCCUUGCAAGAGGCCAACAGCUGCAGAGGCCCUCCAACAUCCUUUCUUUCAGAGUUGCUUUUACAUUCCUCCAUCCCUUCGCAUCAAAGCAGGAGCUAGGACGCCUCCAUCUGCUGGAACGAGGGGAUCAUUGGAUAGGCAAGGGGUUAAGAGAUAUUCUUGCACUUUGUCUAAUUCAAAGCUCACCAAUAACCAUUCCUCCCCAAAGUUGCACCCUUCAUUAGCUACAGGUGUACAUCGGAAGCUGGAUAUGGCAAAUGAGGAUGGAAAUAAGACCGACAAGUCCGUGAAGACUGCCAAACAACCAAAAUAUCGACCACCAGGAAAGGACAGCCCAAGUGCUAUGAACAAAGGAAGGACUAGUACUGUACGUGGGGUUUCAGAAACAGCUGAUAAGUUGGCUAAUAUGGCAGUUAGUGCUCGAAGACAAUCAAUGGGCGCACCUCCAAUGAAAGCCGGAGGGCAUUGGAUUACUGAGUCUCGAAACUUUCUGCUGAGGCCUGCCCAAGAGAUUCCAGCUGCUAGAGCUUACUCAAGAAAAGUUGCCGGCUGGUAAACGAGUUGAGAUUGAUCAAACAUACGCAUGCUGACGAGUGCGUUCUGUGAGUAUCACCUACAUGCUAUAGCCAUGCCCUUCUGAUAUGUGUGUUGGGAUAUAUAUAUUCCCCCGAGCUUCGACUCUGCUUUUACUUUUUUAACCUCUUGGUAUUUCCCCAAUAAAGCUUCUUCAUUCUGGUCCGUUUGAUUGCAUGGUGAUAUGACCGCCUCUUUGUAUUCUUCAUUUCCACAUACAAGUGUCCUUUUUCAGAAUUAUCGAGUAUCUUCGGUUUUAAUUAUAAUUUCAAGGUUUUGAAAUA